CGCCAGAAUACAUCGAAUGACCACACGACUGACAUGACACAUGCCAGGAGGUCCCUGCUGGGUGAUCCUGCGGAGCAUCAUCAAUCCAACCAUUCGACGUCAUUGCCACUUCUAUCUCCAUAUUCACAUCCCCGCCAGGAACAGUCCUCGCCGGUGGCGGCAGUCGGAUACUUGGCCAUGUACUUGUCGGAGCAGGCAAAGAAAGAGCACAUCAAGCAUGCGCUGCCGUUAAAUUCGCCACGGAAAGGGGCCAAGCUACAAAAACUGGUCGCUUCACCACCCAAACCUCCGCCACGUACACACAAGCAGCGCGAGCGCCAGUCGUACGACCUCGCCGAUGUUAAACUCCUCGCGGGGUCACUUAACGUCAAGGACGAAAAGCGGAUCACAGCAACCUUCGAACAACACAUUGCGUUAGCAGCCGAGCUCCACUCGAUCCGUGCAAAAGUGGGAGGGUACCAUGCCACCAUCGAGCGCGAGCGGGCUCGGCGGGAGGACCUCCGUCUGCAUUUGGAACACAGCCAGUCCAUGUUGCCACAGUGCCAGUCUCACAAAGCUGCGCAGGAUGCACAAGUCCGCGUCUUGGACGACGCGAUUGCAGUUGCAGCUCGUGAAGCGGCAGAGCUUAAGCGGACACUAGCGGAGGUCAACGCUGCUGCCAAACAACUUCACGCUACCACCGAUGUGGGCUCCUUUAUCGAUGAUUGGCGUUGUCUUUACAAGGAUACACUUGCUCUAGUACACGCACAAGUGCUUGCAGUCGGUGCCGAGCCUGACGAUCGAGCUGCAAGAUGUCAAGCACCAGCUAGAUCAAGCCACGAGUCAGUUGGUAGCUGCCAAGCAGCGCCUGCAGCAGUCCCAGCUACAGAAUGACACGGUUUUGGUCGAAUUGGCCCAGCAGACUGCUGAUGAAUCCACGAAAUUGCGGAAUUUGCACGUCGAGCUCGGUCAAAGCUCACAAACCUGUCAACACGUUGCGCAGUUCGUCGCGCGAUGCACACGUGAAUACGUCGACCGGACGGGGUGUCGUCUAACUUAAUACCCCACUGAUGGCGCAAUGUUAACAGGGCAUACCGUAGCUACAAAAUCUAGUUAACUUAACGUCAAGAAGAUGCCAAUUGUGUGAGA